ACUAUUCAAAAUCGCUUGCUGAUCCUUCGUACAUCUUGUGGUCUUCGUCCACGUUCAUUCAUUACUGCAAACUCUCCCAUCCACUUUCCUUUGACUUCUGUUUAUCAUUCCAACGUCCACCACACCUCGUCAUAUCAUACGACCACAUUUCUCAAAGCAUAUAAUCACCCUUCCGCCAGACAAGAUGUUCAACCACACCAUCGACCCUCUUCCUGCAUACAACUCCGACAUGCCUAUCUUCAACAUUGCCAUGACCCUUCUGUGGGGAGCUGCUGAGCUCCUCAUCUCGGUCGGCUUCAUCACUGCCUUCUCCUUCAUUGUCUGCUAUGGCUUUGGAGCUAUCAUGGAACCUAAACAGACUACCUUCGAUGACGAGUCUGACGACGUACCCUCAAAAGAGAACACGGCCUCUAUCUUCAUGUCUGCCAUGCUCAGCGGCUUCCACAUCACCUUCGUCUUCUUCGGUCUGCCACUCUUUGGCCACGCUGCCGACUCUUUCGUCAUGCGCUUGAUCUAUUCAAUCGCCAUCAUCGCCGCCUUGACCACUGGUGUCGCACUCGGCACGAUUGUUAUCUACCUCUCCAUCCCCGCAGUCCGCUCGUGCUGCAACGGCGUCGCAAGAUUGUUCAGAAAGACUCCUACCCAGGACUCACAAGAUAUCGAAGCUCAGCACGAGCAUGUGCCCUUCCUCGACGAGAAGAAGCUCAUUCUCGAAGAUGAGUGAAAGAGUCGUACGAUGACGUUCCGCUACUUUUCAAACACAUGAGGCUCCUCUCCCUCAAAAUCUCCACACACAAAACAAACCUCAUGGCGAAACAUUAUAUUCGCCAUCAGGCCAUCCGGCGCACACAAUACCGUAUCUCGGUAUGCCACGGAUGAUCGGCCUCUCGGGCCACGUAAUCCAGAACAACGCAUGUCUUGCAAAUGCCAAAGGCAAACCAUCCGGGUGUUGUUUUGGGAAAUACUGUUAUUGCCGAUCACUCUGGCAAUAAUUGGCCGUUCGCGAUAACGUCAAGAAACGUUUUUU